AUGGCAGAUUUUGCUGCGAUUCUGAAAAAGACCCUCGACAAGAUGGGGGAAACGACGCCGGAGGUGCGCGCCCAGGUCUAUGACAAGGCGCGCCAGACGGUGCAGCGGCAGAUCGACGCCAUGGCCAGCCAGCCGCCGCAGGCGGCCAUCGACCGACAGUUCGAGAAACUCGAAUCGGCGAUCGCCGAAAUCGAGGCCGGCUAUGCGGCGCCGAUCCCGGACGAGGUACCAGCAGACGCCGAGCCGGACCAGCCGCCCGCCGCAGAGCCGGAACCGGCCGAACCGGACCAGCCUGCCGAACCGGAAGCCACGGUCGAGCCGGAGCCCGCGCCGGAAGCCGUGUUCGUUGGCGAAACGGUGCCCGAGGCCGAGCCCGAACCAGAGCCGGAUGAGGCGUCGGAGCUCGAACCAGAGCCGGAUGCGGCGCCGGAGCCCGAACCCGAAGGUGCCGCGGACACCGUUGCCGAGCAGCCGGCCGAUCCUUGGCAGGCGCCUCCGGCUGACGUGUCGGCGGAUGAGACGGUUUUCCACGAACCGGUCGUGCCCGACGCGCCGUCUUUCGAUACGCCGGCCGAACCGGACCCCACCGUCGACGAUGUGAUUUCAUCGCUCGACGACGUGGUCGCCGGGCAGGCGGACACGGUUCCAGAAGACCCGUUUGCGCUCGACACGCCGCCCGAUGGCGGCGGGCUGGAACGGUCGCCGGAUGCCGACGCCGAACCGCCCAUGCCGCGCGCCGAGGACCAUGACCCGCUGCUCGAUUUCCUCAGCGAGGAACGCGAGACCAUGGCCGAAGCGGACAGCGACGCCGACCGGGCCGUCGAUGUGCUGUUCGGCGAACCGGUCGCCGGCACUGCUCCGGACGUGGCCGCCACGAGCGGAGCCGGCAACGACCUGAUCGGCGAGCCGGCCGACGCGGAUGUUGCGGAACCGGCGGAAAAGCCCCGCCGCGGCGGCUGGCUGAUUGCCGCCGCGGUGCUCGUCGUUCUGCUGGCGGGCGGCGGCUAUGCGGCCUAUGUCAACCAGGAGCCGCUUCGCGCCUUCCUGUCGGGCCUUGGGGGCGCCGCGUCCCAAACCGAUGAGGGCGACGUGCCUGUGCGCACGGUGGAAACGACGCCCGUCAAUGCGGACAGCGGCGAUGCGGGCGAAGAUGCGCCCGCCGAAGCGACGCCUCCCGAGACGGUCGAUGCCGGCAGCGGCGAUGACGGCAUCCAGAAGUUCACGCAGCGCCUGACCGAGGAUGGCCGCGAGAUCGACGAAGGCCCGGCACCGGGGGCGGUCGCCCCCGGCGAGGGCAGUUCGGUUGCCGGCCAGACGGCGGGCAGCGAGGAUGCGACCGCGCCCGAUGCCGGAACGCCCGGGGCACCGGCCACCGACGCGCAGGACGGCAUUGCCGUCGGCCAGCGCACCAUUUUCUACGAGGAACGCACCGGAACCCAGCCGGGCACCGCGAUGCAAGGUUCGACCGUCUGGUCGGUGGUGCAGGAAUCGCCCGGCGGCGAUCUGCCGCUCGAACCGGCGAUCCGCGCCCAGUCGUCGAUCCCGGAUCUGGGACUGGCGCUCGAAGUCACCAUCCGCCGCAAUGGCGAUGUGACCUUCCCGGCCAGCCAUAUCGUCGAACUGUUCUUCACUGUGCCCGACACGUUCGAGGGGCGCGGCAUCGCCGAUGUGCAGCGCAUCACGUUCAAGAACACCGAGCAGGACCCCGGCAGCGCGCUGAUCGCGGUGCCCGCGCCGAUCGACACCAACAUCUUCCUGGUUGCGCUGACCGACGCGCAAACGGCCGUACAGACCAACACCUCGCUGAUGCUCAGUCAGGGCUGGGUCGACAUUCCGAUGCAGUAUGUGUCGGGGCGGCGGGCGCUGAUCACGCUGGAAAAGGGCGCGGCGGGCGAUGCGGUCUUCCGCGAGGUGUUCGAAGCCUGGGAAGCGGCGCCGCUGGGUGAUGCAAGCGGGGGCUGA